UGCUUCCUCUGUAGCAUCUCUCUAAGAAAGUGUCAUAUUCUUCUUUACUGGUUUUUCUCUGGCUGAAGUUAGAAUCAUGCUUUGCAAUCUUCUGCAUCUUUUCAUCUCCUGUGUUGGAUUUAUUUACUGAUGGAAGGGCAGACUUCAUAAUUUUAAAGAAACAUGCAUUCCAAUUUCUCUGGCAUUUCUAGAAAAAGAAAACAGAUCAUGGGCUCAAAGAUUUCACUGCGAAAAAGAUGUUUGAGUGGGCUUUGUAUAAUAUUUAUUGGGCUUGGCCCAUUUAGGCAAAUUUAUAUGAAGCCGAAAACUCAAACAUUUGAUUACUGUACACAUGAAUUCCGUACACGGUCUUCUUCUUCUUCCUCGCUUCGCCAAACACUCAAUACUGAAACACAGUCUUGCUUUAAACGCUAUACCUUCGGUUGCUCAAACUCUAAUAACCGCACAAUCAUCACAAUAUUUAACACAAGACCGAGUCGAAGCCAUAGCAAGCCAGUUGUCAAACUGCGUGAACUUACAGGAAUUAAACCAAAUUUACGCCAUUAUUAUCCGCAGCCGACUGCUGUACUUUUAUCCAGCUCCAUUUCAUUGGAACAACAUAAUAAGAGCUUAUACCAGACUGGAUGCACCUAUAAAAGCGUUGAAAGUCUAUAUAUGCAUGUCUCGAUCUGGUAUCUUGCCCGACUCUUAUACUCUUCCCAUUAUCUUAAAAGCUGCCUGUCAGUAUUUCGCUAUUGAGAUCGGUAGGCAGUUUCAUGCUGUUGCUUUAAGGCUUGGACUUGAGUUAAAUGAGUAUUGUGAGAGCGGUUUUAUUAGUCUGUAUUUGAAGUCGGGUGAUUUUGGGAAUGCCUGUAAAUUGUUUGAGGAAAAUCCUGAUAGAAAGUUAGGUUCUUGGAAUGCUAUUAUAAGUGGCCUUAGUCAAGGUGGGCGGGCCAUGGAAGCGAUUGAGAUGUUUAUAAAAAUGAGGAAAUGCGGCUUUAAGCCAGAUGGUGUCACCAUGGUUAGUGUGGCGUCAGCUUGUGGGAGUUUGGGGGAUCUGAACUUGGCUUUUCAGUUACAUAAAUAUGUUUUUCAUGCCAAGAAUUUUGAGAAACCUGAUAUUUUGAUGCUGAAUUCGCUUGUUGACAUGUAUGGAAAAUGUGGUAGAAUGGACUUAGCGGGUAGGGUGUUUUCAAGCAUGGAGCAAAAAAAUGUUUCAUCUUGGACAUCAAUGAUAGUAGGUUUUGCAAUGCAUGGUAAUGUCGAUGAAGCGAUUGAAUGCUUUCACUGCAUGAGAGAAGCUGGAGUGAGACCUAACCAUGUCACCUUUACAGGAGUGCUAAGUGCAUGUGUCCAUGGGGGUAAAGUAAAAGAGGGGAAGUAUUUUUUUGAUAUGAUGAGGAAUGCUUAUGAUAUAAUGCCAGAGAUAAAACACUAUGGAUGCAUGGUGGAUCUGCUUGGCCGAGUAGGGCUACUUGAAGAGGCUAGAGAGAUUGUGGAGGGGAUGCCAAUGAAGCCGAACGUGGUGAUAUGGGGGUGUUUGAUGGGUGCCUGUGAGAAAUAUGGGGAUGUGAAGAUGGGGGAAUGGGUUGCCAAGCAUUUGCAGGAGUUAGAACCUUGGAAUGAAGGGGGUUUUGUGGUUUUAUCUAAUAUAUACGCUAGUAAAGGUUUCUGGCAAGAAGUUGAGAGGGUGAGAGUAGGCAUGAAGAUGCAAAGGCUAGCUAAAAUCCCUGCUUAUAGUUUGGCAACAAGCACUGACUGAAAGUUUUAACUUUUCUAUUUGGUGAGGCAAUGACCAAUUCUUUGUCCUGAAUUUCACUAAAUCUGAGGAUUUAUGCUUCUCUAUUAGUAUUGAAGUGUUGGGUGAAAUGAGUUUCUUUCAAUAAUGAAGAACGUGUUAGCAGUAACUAAAGUCAUCUUUAUCUGGUCAGCAUUGCAACCUGUUACUCUUUGGUGUUUUAGAACCAGCAGUAACGGACACAUCCAGGUUGAGCAGAGACGUCUUACAACAGGAAGACAAGUUGCGAGGGUUGGAAACCACUUGUUUAAGCCAAAGAAAUUUUCUAGAGAAGGCCAAAUUUGCUCUGCCUUGACGUCUUUGAUCUCUGCAGAAGUUUUUCCUUCCCGCUUUGGCUGUUGUUGAUAGAUAGCCAUUGAUUUUUUAUCCAAUUAGUUGUACCUUGCUUACUUGUAUAUUAAAGUUAGAUGUACACAUUUUUAAGUAAAAUUUGUCGAAAAUAAAUUAUUUUA